GUUGAAGCGAUGAAUACAGUUGGAUCAUUCAUAAGAAAUUAGGGUAGUUUUCAAAGGCCCUGGUUGGAGCUUUUCGCAUUGAAAUUAAAAAAAUCAGCUUCAUUUUGUUCAAAUUUGUGAAUUGACAGUGAAUAAACGAUUUUUAUUCUAAUAAAAAGUUUGAAAAACAUGAGAAACAUUGAAAAUUCAAAUAUCUUACUUUUGAAAUAAAAAAAAAAUUUUGAUUCUGGGAACUGUGCAAAAAAACGAGAAAAUUUUCUUCAGGCUUAGAAACUAAGCUCAAUUUUAAGUCAAACUAAUAGAUAGAUUUAUGUCUGGUGUUUUACUAUUAUUUUAAGACCAUUUUUAAACGUAUAGAGAAAAUUUAUUUUUGUGAAUCGAAAAAAUUAGUGAAAAUACUCGAAUGAAAUCGGAAAAAUCGGAUCCACCUGAACCACCCCCGCGAAAUCCGCUAAGAAUUAUGGCUUCCAUAACUAGUUCUGUAUCAUCAGAGAAAACUGUCAUCUCACCUGAAGCAACGUCACCUUUAGGUGGAUUGGAAGUAUGUUCUGAUAGUAAAAACUCAAAGGAUUCUCCUACGUCAAAUAAAACUAAUGAUAAAAAUGAUGAAACAUCAAUCACCGCUGAGUCCGCCUUGGAGACCACAGAAAAAACUUCAUGUAAUAAAACGCCACACGACGAGACUUUCUCGAAGAAGGAAAAAGAAAAAUCACCCAACGAUUUGACCCCUGCAGAAAGUGAGCAUGUUGAAUUAACAAAUGAAAAUGAAAACACCAAAAUCGAGCGGCUUGAGAAUGAACUUCGAAUUUCUAAGGAACUAAUCCAAAGUCUUAAAAUCGAAAGAAAAAAAUUGCGUUCGGACAAGAAUGAUUUACUUCAACAGGUCAAACAUCUCUGUUCUUCCUUACAAGAGAAGGAACAAGAGUUACGUAAUUUUAUCAGGAAAUUUGAUCAGCGAAUACGCGAUUCCGAGAGUAAUAAUAUCGUCAAAACAUCCUCGGAUAGCGAGCGUUGGGAUUUAAUUAAACAUGCACACGAUGAAGCAGAACGGUCUCUCGCUCUUGCAGCACAACUUAAUGUUAAAGACAUUCAAUUGAAACGAAUGGAGCAGCAACUUUUAGAAGUACGACAUCAGUUGUCAGGAUGCAUAUCAGAUCAAGAAAGUCUCGUAUCAAUGGCGCCUAUAAUUUCACCAUCAGUGGCACACGGAAUGAUGAAUCAUGGUUGCGAGGAGAGUGAAAAUCCAACUGGAUUAUAUGGACAUGAAAGAGGCUCUUGUAGUGCUGAUUCAGGUGUUAGAACAAGUGACCGUGAAAGUGCUUCAGGAGAUUUAAAUCUUAGCGAUGGUGCUUGCGAAAAUGAGGGACUUACGAUUGAUUCUGAUAGUAUAUCAUUAAUAUCAAGUCAUCAUAACAUGGCCCAAUAUAGUAAAGACUAUAGUCCCAGUGUAUCACCCAUGAACACACUUGCACUAGAUCGCAAUGAUCAUCAUCAUAUAAACUACAAUCGAUCUGCCCAUCAGCUUGAUUUACCGAUGGAUCUUGAGACAGGCUCAACAUCAAUGGUUCGUAGAAUCAAAAGUAAGCCUUUUAAUUCGCUUGUUGGAAGAUCAGGUCGCGGUGGAGCAUGGGGAAGUAUAUCAAGAGUUUUCGCCCGAUCGAAGAACCGUAACAAAGCAACAGUACAAUCAUGUGAUGAAUUCCAAUGGAAUCCAAUGUCAGAAGAAAACUAUUCAGAAAAGAUAAAACUUUUGCGAGAAGCGUCAACUAUGCCAAUUGAAUUGUGGCGGUCACCACAAAUUGCAGCAUGGCUUGAAAUAGGUCUGGGAAUGCCAAAAGAUUGCAUACGCUUUUGUUCGGAGAACGUUAAAAGUGGAAAAGUAUUACUUGAACUCACUGAUGCUGAAUUAGAGAGCGGUUUGGGAGCAACACAUCCAAUGCAUCGAAAGAAAUUACGGCUGGCCAUUGAAGAACAACGACGUCCCGAUCUCAUUCGUUAUCCAAUGAUAGGUCAAUUGGGACACACAUGGUGUGCACUUGAAUGGUUGCAUGAGAUAGGACUCUCACAAUAUUCUGAAUCUUUCAUGCACUCGCUCGUAGAUGCUCGAAUGUUGGAUACUCUCUCAAAGAAGGAAUUAGAGAAGUAUUUGGGUGUCACUAGAAAAUUUCAUCAAGCUAGUAUUGUGCAUGGCAUACAUUUAUUGCGACUAAUGAAAUAUGAUCGACAAGCAUUAGCAAUGCGACGAUUGCAAUCUGAGAGUGAAAAUAUUGAUCCUAUUGUGUGGACAAAUCAACGUUUUGUGAGAUGGAUUCGUUCCAUUGAUUUAGGAGAGUUUGCUGAUAAUUUAAGGAACAGUGGCGUUCAUGGAGGUUUGGUUGUGUUGGAAUCCUCUUUUUCGGGUGAAACUAUGGCAUCAGCUUUAGGCAUAACAUCAUCUAAAAAUAUCGUUCGUAGACAUUUAAUCACUGAAUUUGAAAGUCUUAUAUUUCCAUCUAGAAAAAAUCUUACUCAAGGAAUCCGAGCAGGCACUGGAAUAGUUUCGUCUUACGACCGACAUGGUAAUAAUACAUUAUCAAAAGGAUAUUAUGUAAAUCCAAAUGGGAGAACUUUUAAGACUGGAUCUUUACAAUCUCCAACACAUUCAUAUUCCAGUAGUGAGGGAGGAAAUUAUGCAAUUAUGGACAAUAGAUCCAAACAAGAUACAUCACCAAAUGAAAUAAACAAUCACAACCGCUAUUCAGCACCUUUGAAUUAUCAAGGUGAAGAUUCAAUUGCUCGUGUUGGUAACAUGAGCGUGAAUAAUCGUCGGUCAGCACCGCCAGAAUUCGGAGAAAAUUGAUUACCAAUAAAUGAAAAUAUAAAUGUAUGAGCCACAAAUGUUUUAUUGUUUAAUAUCAAACUUUUCUGAAACACCGAUUAAAAUAUCAUUACAUUUAUGGACCCAAGGAAAGCAAACUAAUUUGUCUCUUUAAAAGUGUGAAUCUUUAAAUUUUGAAGGCAUUUUAUUGAAACUUAUAGCUGAAAUAAAAAAAAAGAC